AUGAAAAGAAAGAGAGAAACUCCAAAAACUCCAACCAAACAAGAUCAACGUAAUGUUAAGAAAACAGUGCACCGUCCCGAUCAUUUAAAUGCUUUGGAAUAUCUUAAAGGUGCUCAACAAGGAUGUAUAAAGUCGCAAUUUAAUAUUGGAUUUUUAUAUCAAAAUGGAAAAGGAGAUAAACAAGAUUAUUCCAAAGCAAUGGAAUGGUAUUUAAAAGCUGCUGAAAAUGGUCAUUCAGCAUCACAAUUUCAAAUUGGAUGGUUAUACAAGCAUGGAAAAGGAGUUAAACAGGAUUAUUCCAAAGCAAUGGAAUGGUAUUUAAAAGCUGCUGGAAAUGGUCAUUCAGCAUCAUAUCACAACAUUGGAUGUUUAUAUCAAGCAUGGAAAAGGAGUUAA